AUGGCAGCACAUCCCAUUUCCAGUAUCAGCGCCGCCUUUGGCACCGGGAAAACACUUUUGGCUGCUAUCAUUGCUGCUCAUUAUGUGAAGCGCGGGAUGGGCCCUAUAAUAGCCACUACUACCAACGGGGCCGCACAGUUCACCAACACGAUGUUGACCUUGCAGGAUUUCCUCGAGGCUGGACGGCAGAAGAUGAGCGACGGAGAUAACGCGACGACCCGAGGAAAUGGCAACAAGGCGAGGGCAGUCGAGAUACCCGCGGGGAAGCCGCGGUGCGUCAUCCGUCCGGACAGCGCCGCCAGUACCAUCGCUGGACGGCAGAAGAUGAGCGACGGAGAUAACGCGACGACCCGAGGAAAUGGCAACAAGGCGAGGGCAGUCGAAUACCCGCGGGGAAGCCGCGAGGUCGCGUCAUCCGUCCGGACAGCGCCGCCAGUACCAUCGUCCAUCCUGCCUUAG